AUGUUGCUCUGGGUCAUCGCAGGAACCGACCAGCCCUUCGCUCUUUCCUCUGCUCCCCAGCGCUGCGGCUGCCCAGGGGUCACCAUGAGGCGUCUCGUCUGGCUGCUGUUCCUCCCGGGCUUCCUCUGUCAAUGUAACCCACCUGUUGAGGUCCCUGAGUCCCUGAUCGCUUGGACGGGGGCCUGUCUGUCCAUCCCGUGCCGCUAUCAAUCCUGCCUCCUGAACCCCAGAAGGCCAAACAACCCGACCAUCAACUCCCUGACCUGGUACCUGAACCCUGUGUAUGACUCUGAGAAGAAAGAUUUCAGUGGCACCAUCCUGUAUAAACACAACGCCACCAUCACCCCGGCCUUCGCAGGGCGCGUGAGGUUCCUGGGGGACCUGGAGAGAGAUUGCAGCCUGCAGCUGUCUGACCUGCGGGCCAGCGAGAACGGCACAUACGGGCUGAGACUGAUCUUCUCGAGCACCGGGCAGAAGCCGGAGGAGAAGAAGUGGAUGACUAAGAUCAGUGUGAACGUGAUGGAUUCGCCUCCAGCUCCUCAAAUCCAAGCACCCAGCAAGCUCAGGGAGUCAGUCGCGGCCCAGGCAGUUUGCUCCGUAGCCUAUCACUGCCCCGACUACCCCAUAACCCUGACGUGGGUCGGUUUGGGGCAUAGGACCUCUGAGCCCACCAUGAGGAUGGGGAGCGGAAGGACUGAGAGCACACUUACUUUCACGCCCACCUGGUGGGACCAUGGGACAAAUGUAACCUGCCGGCUCAGCACUCCGGCUGGGACACCGAGCUCCGAGAGCAGCGUGGUGCUGGACGUGAAAUAUGCCCCUAAGGGAGUCCAGUUGAACGCGACACCCGGAGAGACCAUCCGAGAGGGGGACAGACUCGUGCUGAUGUGCAUGACCAAGGGCAGCAACCCCUCCAUCUUCAUGUACAGCUGGUAUAAGGACACACAGUACAUGCACCAUCAGUGGCAGGAGCAGAGGCUGGAGUUUGAAGCCAAGGGGGACGAGCAUUCCGGCUCCUAUCUCUGCCAAGCCACCAAUGAAAUACAGAUGGUCCCAUCCCCAGCGCUGCGGAUAGACGUCCAGUAUGCCCCAAAGGACGCGCGUGUUGAACUGGUGACAGGCUCUCAGAUCCAGGAAGGGACCAUGGUUGUGCUCAGCUGCUCCUGCAGGGCUCAUCCGCCCGUCAGCAGCUACAGCUGGUACAGAAACGGGCAGCACCUCCCAGCACAAACCCAGCAGGAGCUUCACUUCGACAAGAUCCAUCCCGACCAGUCCGGUUCCUACCACUGUGAGCCUCGGAACAGAGUCGGGAUGUCGGAAUCGCCGGCCAUUACAGUGGACGUACAGUACGCCCCCAAGGAGGUACGAAUCACCCUUGAAAACCGCCAGCACAUUCGGGAAGGCGAUGCGGUGACGCUGAACUGCUCCGUGGGCAGCAGUAACCCCCCAGUGACUAAGUACACGUGGUACAAGGAUAACAGCCAGUAUCAGGAGACCCAAGAGAGCGUCCUGACCUUCCCUGCCACAAAGGAGCGGUCUGGUAGCUACAGCUGUGAGGCUCAGAACGCGAUCAGCUAUAGACAGUCUUCGUCUGUCUCAGUGGAUGUGCAGUACUCCCCCACAGGUGUCCACGUUACGGCAGUGCCGGGCACCAGCCCGCGGGAAGGGGAAUCGGUGACACUAACGUGCAGUUACACCAGCAGCCUCCCCGCCCCCAACUCCUACGCCUGGUACCGGGGCAGCCGGCAGCUGGAGGGAUCCCGGCAGGAAAUGGUGUUGAAGAUCAUCACGGCGGAGGAUGCUGGGCGAUAUCGCUGCCAGGCUGCCAAUGGGAUUGGCCAGUCCCUGUCCCCCCCCAUCACCAUCACUGUCCUGUACGCCCCUAAAGGCACAAACAUCACGGCUACACCCGGCGCUGACCCGCACAAAGGGGACCCAGUGAAUUUAACCUGCCGCUUCAGCAGCAGUGUCCCUGCCAACAUCACCUCGCCUGGCUGUAGCAACUGCCAAUCUCUGUACCCCGUCCUUGUGGCCAGCGUUGUGGUUGCCGUCCUGCUCCUCAUCAUCCUCGUUAAUGUGGGGGUUUGUUACCUGCUUGUGAGAGGCCGGCGGCAGGCGGGAGCCAAGGGGUCUGCGGAGGCCUCCUGCACCAUGAAACAGCUGAUUGUGGCAAGCGGGAGGCGCGGGGACGGAGGGGGAAACACUGAUGGGGGGCUGCCGACACCACCACCAAGCGACUGA